GGAGAACAAGCCCUAUGAGGAGAGGCUUAAAGAGCUGGGCAUGUUUAGCCUGCAGAAGAGAAGGCUGAGAGGAGACAUGAUAGCCAUGUACAAAUAUGUGAAGGGAAGUCAUAGGGAGGAGGGAGCAAGCUUGUUUUCUGCUGCCCUGCAGACUAGGACACGGAACAAUGGCUUCAAACUACAGGAAAGGAGAUUCCACCUGAACAUCAGGAAGAACUUCCUCACUGUGAGGGCUGUUCGACAGUGGAACUCUCUCCCCCGGGCUGUGGUGGAGGCUCCUUCCUUGGAGGCUUUUAAGCAGAGGCUGGAUGGCCAUCUGUCGGGGGUGCUUUGAAUGCGAUUUCCUGCUUCUUGGCAGGGGGUUGGACUGGAUGGCCCAUGAGGUCUCUUCCAACUCUACUAUUCUAUGAUUCUAUGAUUCUAUGCUAUGCCAUUGGGGUGGCUACAGCACUGACCUUCCUGGCUGGAGUUUAUCAGGUUCUAAUGGGAAUCUUCCACUUGGGCUUUGUGUCGAUGUAUCUUUCAGAGCCAGUACUUGAUGGCUUUGCAACGGGUGCUUCAGUAACCAUUCUAACAGCUCAGGUUAAGUACCUUGUUGGCAUCAAAAUCCCUCGGGCCCAGGGAUACGGUGUCUUAAUCACCACCUGGGUUAAUAUUUUCAGCAACAUUUCCCAGGCUAAUGUCUGCGAUGUGAUCACAAGCACGAUAUGCAUCACAGUGCUGGUCACUGCCAAGGAACUAGGGGACAGAUAUAAGGACAGGCUCAAGGUUCCUCUUCCUACAGAGCUGAUAGUGAUUGUGAUGGCAACACUGGUUUCCCAUUAUGGACAGCUGAAGGAAAUGUAUGGCUCCAGUGUUUCAGGCGAAAUCCCCACUGGAUUUAUUCCUCCCCAGGUGCCCAGCUUGACUCUCAUGCAGAGAGUUGCUGUCGAUGCCCUCCCUCUUGCCAUCGUUGGCUUUGCCUUCACCAUUUCACUCUCAGAAAUGUUUGCCAAGAAAUAUGCCUACACGGUCAAGGCCAACCAGGAAAUGUUUGCCAUCGGCUUUUGCAACAUCAUCCCGGCUUUCUUCCACUGCUUUGCCACUAGUGCGGCCCUGGCAAAGAGCCUGGUCAAGGCAUCGACAGGAUGUCAGACACAGGUAUCCAGCUUGGUGAGUGCUGUUGUGGUGCUUCUGGUGUUGCUUUUCUUUGCACCCCUCUUUUUCAGCUUGCAGAAGUGUGUCCUGGCAUGCAUUAUCAUUGUCAGCCUAAGAGGCGCCCUCAGGAAAUUCAAAGACCUUCCGCAGCGAUACCGCCUAGACCGAGUGGAUGCCCUGGUGUGGUGUGUUACCAUGCUCUCGUCUGCCUUGAUCAGCACCGAAAUGGGCCUUCUAGUUGGGGUUGUGUUUUCAAUCCUGUGCAUAAUUGGCCGCACCCAGCGCCCUCAUGCUGCCUUACUUGGGCAGAUUGAGAAUACUGUCUUCUAUGAAGACGAGGAGGAAUACACAAACCUCCUGCCUGUUCCAAGGGUGAAAAUAUUUCGCUUUGAAGCACCGCUUUAUUAUGCAAAUAAAGAUUUUUUCCUCAAGUGCCUCCACAACAAAACGGGGUUUGACCCUACGAUUGAAAUUGCCAGGAGAAAAAAGGCCAAGAAGAAAGGGCAGCCAAAUUCUCACAAAGGACUUGAACAUGGAGAUACAGGUUUAUCUCUUGUCACUAAACCCAGAGACAUUCAGGCCAUCAUCAUUGACUGCUCUUCCAUUCCAUUUUUGGACACAGCUGGUGUGAGCGCAUUAAAAGAAACAUUCAAAGACCACCAAGAAUGGAAAGUCACGGUUCUUCUGGCUUGCUGCAGCCCCUGCGUGAUAGCUUCCCUGGAAAGAGGGGGCUACUCAGCCAGUGCAAACAAAAACAUGCAUGAACUUGUGUUUCAUAACAUACACAGUGCUGUCCAAUUUGUAAAAGAGAGGAAGACUACAGCAGACGAUUCAGUUGUAUAGCCCAGGGUCCCCAUAUUGUAUCUUCAAUAACCAGCAGUUGUGAGGAUUCAGCAUUCACUGCAUUCAUGUUGUGGCCUUCAAAAUGUUCAGACUUAGGAUCCUACUUGAAUCUCAACAUACACUAUGGAUCCUAUUCUGUUUUUUAAAUAACAUUUUAUAGGUACUCAGUGGUAUAAACAUAACAUGAGAUAAUGUAAUCGUAAAAUGUAGGUACGAUGAACUGUACAAUACAAGUGGAUCCAGUUUAGACAUAAUAUGACAUCAUUGUUGAAUGUUACAAGAAUGUGCCAAGACUAGCCCAUGACUAGUGUCCUCCUAGCUCUUCCCUUCCAACUUUUUGGUAUCCAGAGUUCAGUACAGCAGUCCACGAGUUACAAACAUCUCACUUACAAAUGAUUCUUAUUUAAGAACAGGGGUGAAACAACAGGAAGUGAGAGACAUCUACCCUCAGGAAGGGAAAAUCAUGCCUGGAAGAGUUAUCAUGGGGAAAGGGUGUCUCCACUGAAGAUAUUAACAAUACUUGUUUCCACAACAAGCCAUUUUUUUUUCAAAAUCCAAUUAUUACAGGGACAGAAAGUGAGGGGAAGUCUUCUGAACAGGGCACAAACAGCAAAACAAACACCACUUUGUGAUAUCCAAAGUGUGUGUGUGUAUAUAUGUGUGUGUGUAUACACACACACACACACAUAUAUAUGGCUGAAGUUAUAUUUAAAAAUGUACCUGUUCAGCUUAGGAACAAUCCUAUAGAAUCUAUUUUGUUUGUAACUUGGGGGCUGCCUCUAUUAAAUGAGCUGGAGCUUCUCUCCCCAGUGCUAAACAAAUCAGUUUCUCUGUAGUUCCAAACCUAAGAAACUGUUGUUUAAUCAAAGUACGGUCAGCCAAAACAAAUCUGGAUGAAAAUAUAGAAUCUAAUUGAUUAAUUCACCAUAACCCAUUUUUCUAUUGCAAUAGCAUUCUUUCAUGUUACAGCUGAGCCAGGCCACAUUGUCCCAGUUCUCUUUUGAAUAAAAUGUAUAUCAGUUUUUUAAA